GUCCUGGUUCUAAACCACUCUCCGUCUGAGCUGCAGAUCGGUAUCUGGAUUUUACUGCAUCUGCUGGAGUAAGGAAGCUGAUCUAUCACUUCUAUCAUGUCGAAUCAUGGAUUCCACAUCAACACUCCUCUUCUGGAGAGUAUUGCGAUGUCUAAACGGCUCGGUUCUCCUGUUUAUCUAAAAAUGGAAAGUUCUCAGCCUUCUGGAUCGUUUAAGAUCAGAGGGAUCGGACACCUGAUCCAGCAGCUUGCAGGUUCAAAGUCGAACGGCGUGGUUUGUUCAUCAGGUGGGAACGCAGGUUUAGCUACAGUGUACGCAGCACGUAAACUCAACAUCCCAGCAACUAUUAUUGUACCUUCAUCCUCACCUCAGCUGGUGGUGGAGAAGCUGAAGGAUCUCGGUGCCACCGUCCGAGUCGUGGGUAAGGUUUGGGAUGAUGCAAACGCUGAAGCUCUUCGUCUGGCUGCAUCGGAGAAUCUUACCUUUGUACCACCGUUUGAUCAUCCUCUCCUCUGGAAGGGACACUCCGGUCUGGUCCACGAGCUGAAGGCGUCUCUGCCCUGUGAGCCGGGGGCGGUGGUGCUGUCGGUCGGCGGCGGGGGGCUCCUGUGCGGGGUGGUGCAGGGCCUGGACGAGGUCGGCUGGAGCCACGUCCCCGUCCUCUGCAUGGAGACGGUCGGAGCCGACUGUCUGAACGCCGCCGUGAAGGCCGGUCGUCUCGUCACCCUGCCCGACAUCACCAGUGAGGCCAAGUGCUUGGGGGCGAAGACGGCCUGCGGUCAGGCGUUCGAGUACAGCGGGAGACCCAGCGUCAUCUCGGAGGUGGUGACCGACCGACAGGCGCUGGAGGCGACGGAGCUUUUCCUGGACGAAGAGCGCGUGUUGGUGGAGUUAGCGUGUGCAGCGUCUCUAGCCGCCGUAUACAGCGGGGUCAUCGGGCGCCUGCAGGACGAGGGUCGCCUCCCAAAACCGCUCGGCCCGCUGGUGGUCAUCGUCUGUGGAGGAAGCAGCGUUAACCUCGCUCAGCUCCAGUAUCUGCGCGACGUCUGCAAAUGAGCAGAGAACUACGUUUCCCAUGAUGCCUCAUGCUUCAUACCUCAUUCUUACUUCUUUUAAAUGGAUUCUAAAAUGAUGUGGACACCCCUCCUCAAAAACAGCCUGUGCUUUUAGCUGUUUGGCAAUAGUUUUGGGAAGACCCUUUCCUGAUUAAGCAUGACUGGACCCCUGUUGUAGUGUGUGGAACGAAGCCCGGACCCUGAAGCCCCACUAAACACCCUGAUUGUGAGCCAUCUAAUUGUAGAGCCUGGAUGGGCACAAAUUCCAACAGACGCACUCUAAAAGACAUGUAGAACAUCUCAGUAAACUCCUUAUUAAUCCCCAGGGUUUUGUGUCCACGGGUGUCCACAUACUUUUAGUCAUAUAGUGUCUUUAAGUGCGCGUCUAUACCAGUAGUGUGUAAUUCCAGUAGAGUGUAGUUCCCCGUCCUGACCAGCAGGUGGUGCUCAGACUACAUUAAUGCGCAUCCUAAUAAAGAGCGGAAUUUAACAGCA